GGUUUUGUUGGUUUUGAAUAAUACGCGAACGUGUUGAAAAAACCGACAGUCGUAAGUUUCUCGGUUAAAAUGUCUAAUUCUCAUCUAUUUCUCAAGUCUGGAUUUCCACGUGCUCCGCUGGCUAAUGGUGUUGGACGGUAUGUCUGUCAACUUCAACGAAUUACCCUCAAAUACUGCAAAAAUAAUGGCUCUAGCAAAGGAAUGCGUGAUUUUCUUGAAAAUGACUUGCUAGACUUCACCCGUGCCAAUCCUGGUGUUGUGGUGUACGUAAAACCGCGACGGCAUCGGACGGCAGUCAUGUCAGCCGAAUAUUUAAACGGUGAUAAGCAAUGGAUCAAUUGUCGGAACAACACACGGGAAGAGAUACGGAAAUGGGUGGAAGUGCUUAAAACUCAAUCCGGUGAGUCCAGUGACUUGCGAUUACGUAAACUAUGGCACACCGAGAUGCCAUCCGUUCAGGGCCCGUGGACACCGUUUAUUCACCAACAUCCUUCGGCGAACGUUGCCGAAUAUCCGUGUCACCAUUUAUCACGACUGCAAACGACAGAACCGACGGCAUCAGAAAAACUAAUUGAGCUGUAUAAAGCCCAGAUCGCCACAACCGAGAAAAAUAAUCCCAAAACCACAUAGAGCAAUGUUGGACAAUAAUAAAAGUAGUAUUAAAA